ACAUCAGUGAUGUAUUUAUUUUAAGUGUUCACCAUCACAUCACUCAAAUAAUAACAUUACCAUGUAAACACACAAUUUUAUAUUCAUUGAGACACGUGGCAAAAAUAGUUAUUUUUAUACAUAGACAUUCCAGGAUUUUUGGUUUAGGAUUAAUUUAAUCUGUCAUACAUCAUUUACACAGCAGGUGUCACUAGUGAGAAUGAGUCAAUGAGGCUUCGGGUAAUGAACCUUUUGGUGAACCUUUGAGUCGGUAAAGCCUCAUUGGUUCAUGAAGCCUCGUUUUGCCAUCAUUAGUAACAGGUAUUUUUACCGGGGGUGUUUAAACUGUUGUAUGACUCUGUAAACAGUAGAAAAAAGGGUGGAACUGAGUUUUAGUCCCGCCGCUUCCACCCGGUACCGCUUCUUUUACCGACCAUUUACCUGCGGUUACUAUGGAUACCAGGAACCCGUCGCGAGGACUAAAGGGAAGCGCUGUUCUUCCGGAGGAAUAAACUCCGACAUUCCGGCUCACAGCCUGCUUUAAAUCUUCUCAGGUGUUCAUACAGGCAUAAUGAAGCUCUUAUGUCUCAGCGUCCUCUACAAAGGAGAGGCCAAAUCAAACCUGCUAAAGGCGGCUUACGAACUGUCCUCAUUUGGAUUUUUUCAAAGAUCCAGUAUUCAGGAGUUCAUGACGUUCACUUGUGGCCUGUUAGUGGAACGUUCUGCAUUUGGCAGUCGAGCUUCAGUCAGCGAGAAAGAAUAUAUGUGUCAUGUGCACAUAUGGGACGAUGGUCUGGCUGCUGUUGCCAUUGCAGACACAGAGUAUCCACAGCGAGUGUGUUUCUCACUGCUCGAGAAGGUGUUGGACGAGUUCUCUAGGCAGGUGGAUGACAGACAGUGGCCUACAGGAACUCCAGAGACUAUCCGCUUUACCAUGCUAGAGGAGUACCUUAACAAAUACCAGAACCCUAGAGAAGCUGAUGCACUGACCAGGGUUCAGGCAGAAGUUGACGAGACAAAGAUCAUUCUGCACAAAACUAUGGAGUCAUUGUUAGAGAGGGGAGAGAAGCUGGAUGAUCUGGUUCAGAAGUCAGAGGAACUUGGACAAACCUCCAAGGCCUUUUACAAAACUGCCAAGAAGCAGAACCGUUGCUGCAAGAUGAUGUGAUUUGUCCUGCCUCAAGUCUCCAGCCUGAAGAUUUUGACGUCAAGAUUGAUGUGAAUGUAUUUUUACACUCACGGUAUUUCUUGAUUUUCUGUAAGGAAAGAAUUGGAGUGAUAGAAGUCUAUACAUUAUUAUCAUUUACAUUACUGAGCCUCUAAAAAGCCUUUACUUUUGUGCCUAUUCCUGAUCUGGUCUUUCUAAAGAGUUUUUUGAUAGCUUUUCGAUGCAUAUUGGUUCAUAUUGUCGUGAAAGUGUGAUAGUUUGAGGUUGUGGUUCUUAGAUGUUUAUAGGGGGCAACCUGAAUCAUCCACAUUUUUACUAAGUUGUCAGGACCAUCUGGAGGAGCCCUGAUGAAUUGUUUGAGAACCAUUAAUGUGGACACUGAUCAUAAAAGAGACUAGUUAUGCUAAUCUACCUCCAACAAGCUAUUUAGUAUUGUUUAGUAUUGUUUAUUGUUUAGCAUAGCUAACUAGUUUUUGACACAACACAGAAAAAGACCAAAGUGUUGAGGGGCACUAUAUAAAUUGUAUUCACCCCCUUCCAAAGAAGAGGACCCUCCCUGGACUUAGGAAAUAAGCCAAUUGAUAAACAUACUUUCAAACACUCAAAUAGAAUGUAGUUUCAAUGAACAGCUCUGAUGUUUUUUUAUGUCUUUUUGAAGACAUAGUGCAGGGUGGAUAUGUAUGGUUGAACUUAGCAUUUUAUGGCAGGUGCUGUGGCACUGUCAAGAAAGACAUUAGCCUAAGAGCCUACCUAACAAGGAAAUGAAGCAUUCGGUUCACUCGGUUCACGCUUUCACUGGGACAGUGUGUUCUGGUGUUCCUCUACCCAAUUGUAACAUGUUUGGGUAAAUGUUUUGAACUUAGCACCUUCAACCAUAGAUGCAGCUACUCCUAACUGGAAGCAGUGGAUAUAAGUUAUACAGUAUGCUGCUCCACAACACUCAUAUACUUUUUACAUUGUGUGCAGAGCACAUUAUUUCUUUUAUUUAAGCAAAAUUCGCACAAAUAUAUAAUAUGCUUACUCCAGGAAAAUAGUACAGUACAUAAAAAGUGGUGUACAACUACUACAACAGUUAGCUCUAAAUAUGGUAAUAGGGGAUUUGUUUGUUUUAGCUUUAAGGGCUGCGAGAGGAGGCACAGGCUGUAGAGACAGUCUGCAGAACACUGUUCCGAGACUUUUAUUAUUAUUUAUGAAUAUGUGGAGUGUGGAUUACUUUGGCAGCAGUGCGGGUUGUUUGAAGUUUGAAGUCUGUAUGGAAACACUGGUUUGAAGAAGUGCCCAAAAGCACUUAGACCAGCUUAAUAGCUUCCCUGGAAUAGAGCAUCACUGUUUCUUUUCAUUUCAUAACCCUCAAGUCUUAGAAUAAAUUAAUUAAUACUGGGAAAUUUCAUAUAAAUUUCUGAAGAACCUACUAUAUCUUCUUUAACUAUAGGAGCAGAAAAACCUUCCCAACUUUAAUGUAAUGUAAUUUCAUUUUGGGCUGGUUCUGUCAGUUUAUUGUUCAUUACAUUUUUACACGAUGUAAAAAAAAUAAAGGCCUUAAACCAUGUAAGAAUAUUAGAUAGUGGAAGAUAUGCAUAACAAUAUUCAUAAUAUUUAGUGUGAGCUCUCUAUUUAAGACAUCAUCAAUAUAGUUUUUUUUUUAUUUUCUAAAUUUUUGGUUGCUUUUACAAUUCACAACUUCAGCUUACUUACUAUUAUCUGCCAUAAUAUUAGCACCACUGACAGAUUAUAUAAUAAUACUGAUUAUCUUUAUCUACAGUAACAUCUAUCAAACAGUGGAUAUAUUAGGCAGUUGAUGCAAGUUAAAAAUAAAAGAAAAAUAGGUAACAAUCUGAGACACCUUGACAAAAAACAAACUAUAUUAGGCUGGUGGUACUAAUGUAAUGGCAUGUACGAUUGGUGUGUGUGUAUCUAUACAUAUAUACAGUAUUUUGAAAAUGUUUUAGGCACCUAAGCAUUUUUAUGAAGCAUUUUUCUCAGCUAGCAGAGAGUUUACGUGUUUUUGUGGUUGUGUCUAAUAGGUUUCUGCCUGUAAUGAGUUUGGUUUUCGUGUAUAACUGGAAUUGUAUGCUUUUAAUGGUAUGGAUGCUUUAUAAAGUCUUAAAUUCAAAGCAGUUCUGUUACAUUCUUUGAUAUUUAUUUAUUUGUUUGUGUUGCUUUUUUCUUGUAUCAGUCCUGAGUAUGUUUAUUUCUCUGUAUAAGUUAAGUGUUUACAUGCUUUUGGACAGUGUAAGUCUAAGUCUACUGCACUGUACUUUCUGUUUACAGUAUUUCUGCUGUAGCAGCAGUUGUAUACAAGUGUACUUAAACAACUGCAAUACUGUUGCUUUGUGCUGUCCUUUUCCUGUCUUAUAAAACAGGCUGGUUCAUUUAAAGUGCUGUGAGAUUUUUAUUAUUAAAUUAUGAGUGAAUUUGUGCAUCAUGAAUACAGUCACAAUCACAUCCUCAAGCUACCGUAUGGUAUUUUAUAUAUCUGAUGUUUAGCAAUACUUGUGAAAGCAGUUGUUGUGCUGGUAUAAUGUAAUAUUUUAUGGUUUGGUUUAAAACACAUAUCUAUUGUUAUGUGCUAAAUCAAAUUUAUUUAAAUCAACAUUUUCUGAUUCAUGAUGUCACAUGAUAUGGACAGUAACAUUUGACUACUUGAUUAAAAGACUCUUUCAGUA